CGUAACUUCACGCAGUCUCCGUUUGAUGCCGACCGUUUGUAGUCUCGCUUCCGUUUCAUUUUGUCAGAUAAAUUUACGCAAAUUUGGCAGCCAUCCCUUUUUGCUCCGCCUUCCCGAGUGAGAGUUAUGUUCUGAUUUCAGUUUUACUCACAACCUCGGUGUUUUAUACCCCGUUAUCUCAAUGGCCCAUGCAGUUAUGCCUGUGUCAGAGAUCGCUGACAAAGCCCGGCAUGUGUACGAGCAGGUCUUCGGGGGAAAUCCUCCCGAGGUGGAGGUGUGCGCCCCUGGAAGAGUCAACCUGAUAGGCGAGCACACGGACUACAAUGAUGGAUUCGUGCUACCGAUGGCAUUGCCCUUGGUUACAGUUGUUGUGGGGAGUCGAACAUCUGACCAAGUUGUUAACAUACUAACAGCAAACGAGGAGGUUGAGGAGCCCAGGAAGGUGGACUUCAACCUGCCCACUGAUGAAUUGACUCUGUCUCCCGGUCAACCCAAGUGGGCUAACUAUGUAAAGGGAGUUGUGCAGCAUUACAGGGCUCACCCUCUACCAGGUUUCAGGGCAGUGAUAGCCAGCAGUGUGCCGCUGGGUGGUGGCUUGUCCAGCUCAGCCUCUUUAGAGGUGGCCAUCUACACAUUCCUACAGCAGCUCAACCCAGAUGAUGGAGACAAGGUUGCAAAGGCGGUUGCUUGUCAGCAAGCAGAACACACCCAUGCUGGCGUUCCCUGUGGCAUCAUGGACCAGUUUGUGUCUGUCAUGGGCAAGGCAGGUCAUGCCUUGCUCAUUGACUGCAGGUCCCUGGAGGCAACCCCAGUUCCACUGUCAGAGCCGGGGUUGGUCAUUCUCAUCACCAACUCCAAUGUUAAACACUCUCUGUCUGGUAGUGAGUACCCCACCAGACGCAGACAGUGUGAGGAAGCUGCUGCCAUGUUGAGAAAGUCCAGUCUCAGGGAUGCUACCAUGGCAGACCUAGAGGAGGCAAGGAGCCAACUGGAUGACGUGACCUAUUGCAGAGCUCGUCAUGUCAUAGAAGAGAUAGAAAGGACAGCUCGAGCCGCUGAAGCUCUGAGGAGGGGCUCAUACAAAGAGUUUGGCAAACUUAUGGUAGAGAGCCACAACUCCCUUAGAGACUUGUAUGAGGUGAGUUGCAGGGAGCUGGAUGAACUGGUAUCUGCAGCCAUGGAGGUGGAUGGAGUGUUUGGUAGCAGGAUGACAGGUGGAGGAUUUGGUGGAUGCACUGUGACUUUACUGCAGGCCCAUGCAACUGAUAAAGCCAUACUCCAUAUACAGGUGCGUGUUCUCCACUUUAACUUACGCAGGGGACCCGAGAACUAUGAGCUUCGCACAUGCUCUGUGCGUGUCUUCACUGCUGAUCUCUUUUGCACCUGGAGGGCCUUUGUGGCCCUCCUCUGUGAGCGCUUCUCCUACAGCACCUCCCGGGGUCUCAUUUCUCCACAUCCCUGCAACCCACGGCAAAACCGGCUGAAACUGGAGUGGGUGCCCAGGCCUGAGGAACUGCCACAGGACCAGUAUGACAAGCAAUGCUACCGAGGGCUAACCAUCGCUGACCACGAGGUCGCACAGGCUCACUCUGAUGACAUCAUUCGUAUGCAACAAAGCCCUUGUGAAAUCCCAGAUAUGCAGGGUUUUGUGGAGGAGCUGCUGACGGUGUCCCUGGCGGAAGGGUUCAAAGUUGAUUCAGUGACCCCUGACCCCACAAACAUUCUUAACUGCAGCUCACUUCGACUUGUCAAGGGCUGAGGCCUAGGCCAAAUGCACUACAACACUGAGACGGGACAAACCGACAACAAUGGGUGGUUGCUAACAAUCGUAACUUGGUCUGUUACCCACAGCACUUCUUAAAAUCAUAUUUCAUUAUUAACAAAGCAUUUAUCACAUAAAGUUUAAAGUCUGCAAUAAGAAAAUUAAAACAGUGACAGAAAACUAUGGCUUCUAAUCAGUAGAAAUGUUCUUCUUGCUACUGUUAUUCCAGCAUUUGUUUGCAAUACUGGAUGUCACUAGUAAACAACAAUGGACAGAAACUAUUCUAGACAACUGUUUACUUUGUAAAACACUGAGCAGUCCAGCCUGAGUUUUUGUUUUUGUUUUUGUUUUUUUUAUUCCUGUGGUGGACAUAAUAUAUUAAGUACUAAUUAAUUUCUUAUCCCAAAUGAAAGUUUGUUCAAGUUUUCAUAUACAUAAAGUGCCUUGAUCUCAUUUUCACGUCCAUUAAGUCCAAUACUGUGACUAAGUGUAAAACUACUUUUAUUAAUGCCAAACUUUUUCAUUUUAAAUGCAUUUUACCCCUUGUUGAGGUAAUCUCACGGGGGGAAUAAGUUGAAGCUUGUGGAAUGAGUAUGUCAUUUUAUCAAAGAGGAAGUUGUAGUAGAGGAAGUGUGCUUAAAGGAAGUAUGUAAGAGGAAAGGAUUUGUCUCGGCUGGAGAGGAAAGGUGCCUGGUUGGAAAACAAUCGCUGCGUCUCCU